AGCUUCUACGUCAUUCCGUUGGAAGAAGAUGGUUGCGCACUCCUGCUCCAUACGACGAUGCUGCUGUCUGUCCAAUGCUUUCUCGAAUGUGCGACAACUCUAACUCUGUCACUGUAACUGAUCUGCUUUGAUAUCCGUGCGACUCUUGUUUCCUUUCAUCCUCUGUGGACAUCGAAGUAUUACUUGUCUUGGAUUCGUCACUGGUUUACAAGGCCCUGGUUGGACGAGAGACGAUUAUCCCCGGAUGUUUCAUCUGACCAAAGCAAUCCUAUUGUCCCUUAUUACUUUAUGCGCACCUAUGUGCUGUAGCAUCCAUCUGCAAAUAUGAAGUUGGUUUGUCAACGAGAGAACAGCCACUUUCCUGACUUAACAAAAUGCCUGCUACGCAGCCUGAAAGCUAGCUGCGCAGAGCAUGCGACGUUCAUGCCUAUCAUCUUGGCUGACUAUGACAUUGACUCACUGUGUGCUCUUUUCUCUUCGGUGCAACAAGAUCAGUUAGUGGCCAUUUCUUUUUUUGCCACUGAUACACUUUUAGGAAGCUUUUGUAUCACUCCGAUGAUCGCACGCCAGUCGCACAUCAGAAGGUAGUUUACUGUAGUUUUCCAAACACCACUAAUACUCAUUAGGUUUACUACGUAAUUUUUCGUCGAUUAAAACUGUUUUCUGGCCACAUUUUUGGUAGCUGCCGCAAUCGGAACAUCUUUUUUCGUCAUGUAAAACAUUUUAUCGGAAUGCGAUUCGGUUCGACAUUGGGCAUUGAUAUGGUGUGCCAAGACAUGGAGGCUCCCGUUGGUAAGGAGUCAUCGUGGUACGUGUACAUUCAUGGGCUCGUUCUUGGUUUGCUCAGCGGUCCAGUUCUCCACGUGCUCCGACAACAUUUCCGGUGGUGCGAGGUCAAAUCUGCAGUUCCCUCUGUCGCCUAUUUCACAAAACCUGUCUGGAACAAACUAACUCACAAAUACAUUUGCGAUAUGAAAUUAGCUGUGUUGGCUCCAAUCACCCCACCAUUGGUACUUGACCUUUUUCAACACCGUACUUCUUCGGCUGGAUCGGACCCUGUGCACAACGAGAAUUGGUUUCGGCUGUCUCCCGGUGUGGCUCGUCUGGUGUUCAAAUCAGAGCAGGGCGCUUUCCGAUUGGUGAUAAAUGCCAAUGCUAAGCGCUGCCCCGACUGGAUCACAUUCCAGCCAACGGUUACGAACCCAACCCCUUUCCUCAGCAUGAACGACCGCCUACGAUUGUGCGGCGGUCUGUCUGAAUUCCUGGCACGUUUGCGGGUUGAACUGCCUUCACUCUUCCGUCCUUCUCUGCUGUCUUUGAACUCCGCAUUUGAGUGCCUGCAGUCUUACCAAAAGGUUGCAUAUUCCGCGGGACGCUCGACAUUCAGCAUAGCGAAGUUGGACUUAAUGGAUUGUUUCCAUCAAAUCGACCAUUCUCGUUUGCUUGAAAUCUUUAAACACGCUUGUGCCUACGGCGAACGUUUUAUGUAUCCUGCGCCGAACACAGAACAUUUGGUGAAAGAACUUGAGUGGUUUCUCAACGACACAGUGAUAACGUUCCAAGGUCGUCCGUAUCGUUUCGCCCGUGGCUUAUUCCAAGGCUCAUGUAUUUCUUCCGAAUUGGUCAACCUCUAUCUGGCUUACGCAGAUCGUCAGUUGGCUAAAUCAAUCACAUUGUGGGCGUCAACGGGAACGAAGCAAUUCGCGGAAGUCGCUGCUUUUCGUUACCAGGACGACUAUCUGUGUGUUGCCUCAUCCAAAGAGGCUCUCCGUAACCUGAUCGAUCGAUUGCAAUCAAAUCUGCACGAUUUCGGAUUGGCGAUCAAUCAAAGCAAAAUGCAGUCUAAUCUGGAUAACACGGUACAGUCAAUCACAUGGCUAGGAAUGGAAGUCCGUAACGAUUUGCAUGUGAAUAUCCCUGAGGCAGCUCAUGUCAGGUUUUGUCGCUUCUCCGGUCGACCUUCGUCUGCCGCGCUCUGCAUUCGUCACCUGGACCAGUGUUACCUAAAGUGUUCGAUAUGGCGGUUCGCAUUCACCAGCCCACGCAAUAUGUCACCACCGUCUCAGGUGGGCCUACACCGUUGGCGUUUGCUGAUGCCGGAAUCUUCCAGCUUAUCUCGCAUUGCUCGAUUUCAGGAUAAUGCUCAUCGUUUGGGGUGCAAGUUAGCGGAACGUGCUUGGGUUGCGAUAAAAACAUCACCGCAGCGUACCCGCCUCCUCAAGGUUCCUAUGGUCAAGCAGCUAGCAGCAAUUGUCGCCCGCCGCCUUAUCUCCACACUCGGACGAAUUCAGGCGGAUUUAGUAAAAACAGCUGCUGCUGCCUUUCAAUUUCGUCUGCGUGCCCAUCGGGGGGAGGUGCAUUACCUUUUGAAACAUGUUCGAAGGCGAAUCAAGUCAUUUCUCUUGUUGCAUACCGUGAAAAAUAAAUUUUAAAUAUGUUUC